CCCUGGCCCGUCUGCGCCCUGCGCCUCCCUGCUGGUGGUAUCCUGUAGCCGUCCUACCCUGGGUUUUAUGCUGAUUCCACAGGAACCCCCAUGACCCGUUUUAUAAACUCUCUCCUUUACCCUUAUGGGACCCCCAGCGCUUUGGCAUUGCUCCCCUGUCAUACCCAUCUUGCCAGCUCUCCUCCCCAGAAUUGUCAUCACUCUAGUUCCACCAAACGCUGUGCGCCUCAGCUCUAGGCUCCCUCCCUCCCUCUCCACGAUCAUUCCAAGAUUGCUCUGAACCUCCAACCUUGCUCAGGCUUCCCUGACACCUUCUUAGGACACUCAUUAGAGUCAGACACUUUUCGUGAUUUCUGUCUCCAAGGUCACAAGAUUUCCCCUAUCUCUCUCAGCCAAGUGGUUACAAGACUUUGGAGAGUGACGGAUGGAGCUCUGAGACCCCAAAAUAGGGGUUCUGUUCUGCACUCAGAUUAGUCCGUUAGUUUUAAGAAGUCAGAAUCCUCUCUUGAUUUGCUUUUACCUGAGAAACCCAAGACCCACGACAGACAGCGGGGCCCAAUUGCCUGAGUCCUUCUCAUCCUGCCUCAUCCGAUAGCCUGAUUCUCAGGCCCCUGAGGGGAUUUCCUGGCCGGUUAAAGAGAGACUAGGGCCGCUCUAAAAAGGCUUUGGAAGGGAGGUGAAGGGUAACCUUUGAGAAAAGAAGGUUCUACGAGACGGAGGCCUGAGAACCAGGGGCUUAGGCCAAGGGGUGAGGGUCAACGCUCAGAGAGGAACUUAAGUAUACAUUUGUCCCAGCGCCUUGGGGGACAGAGCACAGCCCCCUCCCGCGUCCAGGUUAAGGCCCACCUCCUUCCCAGAAAGCGCUCCUCGACGCCGGGCCAAUCACAGUCUUUUCUCAAGGAAAAGGCGGGGCCAAAGGGGGCCGACUCUUCCCUUGUUCCCACCCCUCUAGGCAAAGCAACCAAUCUCAACUUGUCUAGAGGAGGAAACGCAAUCGGGAAUAACCAAUCACGCCGCGAAGCUUCUCGAUCGUAUUAGACCCUGCCCCUCCAGCUGCGACAAAAAUGGCGCGCAAGCUCCUGGGUUCUGUAGUUCUCUCGGAAUUCAAAAAGCCCCAUUUUAGAGUUAGCCCUUACCGCCCCGCCCCCAGCGGCUUCCAUUCCGCUAGUGCGCAUGUCCACAGCUUCACAGUACAGGGAACGGAGGAACGGAAGGAAGGAGGCGGGACGAUUAAAAAAAAAAAGCCUAAGCUUGGGAAGCGACAGAGAAGGGGUCUGCUCCUCCCAGAAGGCGGUGCUGCUUGCCAGGGCGAACCACGCGGAGGGUUGUGGGGAGGAUAGCUACCCUCCUGAUGGAGACACAUGAAGUAGGGUGGGCGGGGGACUCCAUAUCCCAGCAUGCCCCGCGCCGGGCCCUACCGGCCGCGACUCCGGGCUUGGCCCCGGCCCUAGCUCGUCGGCGGAGUAUUGGGGCGCGUGGAGGCUGUAGUCACGGUGGCGCCCGCGGGGACGGAGGAGGGAAUGAGUGAAGAGGAGCAGGGCUCCGGCAUUAUCACGGGCUGCGUGCUGCCCAGUAUAGAGCAAAUGCUGGCCGCCAACCCGGGCAAGACCCCGAUCAGCCUUCUGCAGGAGUAUGGGACCAGAAUAGGGAAGACGCCCGUGUACGACCUCCUCAAAGCCGAGGGCCAAGCCCACCAGCCUAAUUUCACCUUCCGGGUCACCGUUGGCAACACCAGCUGCACUGGUCAGGGCCCCAGCAAGAAGGCAGCCAAGCACAAAGCAGCCGAGGUGGCCCUCAAGCACCUCAAAGGGGGGAGCAUGCUGGAGCCGGCCCUGGAGGACAGCAGUCCUUUCUCUCCCCUAGACUCUUCACUGCCUGAGGACGUCCCGGUUUUUACUGCUGCAGCGGCUGCUACUCCUGUUCUUUCUGCUGUCCCAACCAGGAGCCCCUCCAUGGAGGUACAGCCCCCUGUCUCCCCUCAGCAGUCUGAGUGCAACCCCGUUGGUGCUCUGCAGGAGCUGGUGGUGCAGAAAGGCUGGCGGUUGCCUGAGUACACAGUGACCCAGGAGUCCGGGCCAGCCCACCGCAAAGAGUUUACCAUGACGUGCCGAGUGGAACGUUUCAUUGAGAUUGGCAGUGGCACUUCCAAAAAGCUGGCAAAGCGUAACGCAGCGGCCAAAAUGCUGCUCCGAGUGCAUACAGUGCCCCUGGAUGCCCGGGAUGGGAAUGAAGCAGAGCCUGAUGAUGAUCACUUCUCCAUUGGCGUGGGCUCCCGCUUGGAUGGACUUCGGAACCGGGGCCCAGGCUGCACCUGGGAUUCUCUAAGAAAUUCUGUGGGAGAGAAGAUCCUGUCCCUUCGCAGCUGCUCCCUGGGCUCCCUUGGUGCCCUGGGCCCUGCUUGCUGCAGUGUCCUCAGUGAGCUUUCCGAGGAGCAGGCCUUCCAUGUCAGCUACCUGGAUAUUGAGGAGUUAAGCCUGAGCGGGCUCUGCCAGUGCCUGGUAGAACUGUCCACACAGCCGGCCACUGUGUGUCAUGGCUCUGCAACCACCCGAGAGGCUGCACGCAGCGAGGCUGCUCGCCGUGCCCUGCAGUACCUUAAGAUCAUGGCGGGCAGCAAGUGAAGCCCCAGCUGGACUCACAGACAUGCAUCCUUUGCCCUUGCUCUUCCUGCCCUCUGGCCUACGGAUCUGUACCCAGCCCUGCUGCCCUCUGGAGGUGCUGUCUCUACCUCUGACACAGACUGCCUGCCUUGAGGCUGAGGUGAGCGCAGGGCAAGGAGCCAGGGACCAUAAGGCCACAGCCUGCCCAGGAUCUAUCUUUAUUGUAUUGGUGGUGAUGACGAGUGGAAAGGAAACUGGGGCUCUACCCUGGAGCCCAGAAUAAACAUGCUCCUCCGUGGAUUCUUAAACUCGGGUCUGUUUCUCUGAGCAGAGCUGAUGGCAGAGAGUAGUUAGCACCAGACCACUUCCUGUGUGUCUUCUUUUUGUGCCUUUGGUUUUCCCUGCCCCCACCCCAACCCCCAGCCCCCAACAUGUCCCCGUAUUUUCCUUUCGGUGGCAGGAGGCUGGGUACGGUAAUGUCCAGGAUCCCUUGUCAGCUGCAUUCCUGGUGAGUUCGGUUUGGUGGAGAUGACGGGGGCUCCCUCCCAGCUUGUUAGAGUCACAGACACUUGGAUUCAGAAGCCAGACUUUUUAU